GUUUAUUUAGUACCUAUUGAUGUAUUCAGCGUAGGUAGAAGACGGAAACCCGUCCGUCAUCGGAUAUGCACAUAUCUCCGUCCGGCCUAUACAACCCUACAUUGGCGACAGCAGGAUGGAUACCUAUGCCCCCCUACCUCCAAAUCCCUUAGUUCGUAGCCGUCAUGAGACAAUACCAUCCUCUCAUGGUGUACAGGAACUAGGUAUAUAAUAAUAGACUGGGAACCCCGUGCCCUUUCCACCUACCCAGUCACGCCGUCAAUCUCACGUAUCACUGCUGCUCUCGGAUUUAGGGAACCCUCCUUUUCCCUUCGUCCCUCCUCAGCAGAGCUCGAGUGGAAUCCUGCAUGAUGAGCGGCGAGGCGUCGUAUACGGAUGAGGAGUGGGGGGAUAUCUCGCGAGGUCUCCCUAGCGAGAAUGAUCCCUUUGUGCAGAAAUACGUCCAGGGCCGCGAGGCCCUCAUCGCGCAGGAGAACAAGGAUCGCAGCGACGCCUCGUUCAAGCAGAACCUCUCCCCCAUCGCGAGGCGCGCCUGCGACGUCGUGGCGCGCAUCCGGGAGGAGGAGAAGAACACGGUGUGGACGCCGCAGCUGGAGGACUCGCUCGCCCAGGCGGCCGGCAGCCUGACGGUGCACCCGGGCAUGAUGUUCUCCCUGUCCAAGGAGCGCAUGGAGAGCACGAAGCUGUGGCGGAUCGUGCGGCGGAUGCCCAAGGGCGCCCUGCUGCACGCCCACCUCGACGCCAUGGUCGACUUCGACUACCUGCUCGACGUCCUCUUCGCGACGCCCGGCAUGCACCUGGCCGCCGACCGCCCGCUGACGUCGGCCCAGGCCAGGGAGGACGCCGUGCUGUCGUUUCGCUUCUUCCGGCAGCCGCGCACCGACGGCGACAUCUGGAGCGCGGACUACCAAGCGGGCACGCAUAUCCUCCUCACCCAGCUCGCCGAAACCUUCCCCGACGGGGGCAAGGCCGGCCUCGUCAAGUGGCUCUACGGAAGGUGCACGUUAUCGCGGACGGACGCCGUCGCCCAGCACCACGGGGUCGAUCACAUCUGGCUCAAGUUCUACAAAUGCUUCCGGGUCAUCAACUCUCUACUCCACUACGAGCCCAUCUUCCGGCUGUUCCUGCGGCGGCUGAUGAGCCUGCUCAAGGCCGACGGCAUCAACUGGUGCGAGCUGCGCUUCUCCUGGUUGCUCGACUACUACCGGCAGGACAGCGAGACGCCCGAGGCCGACUACACGGCGAUGCUGACGGCCAUCGACGAGGAGGUGGCGAGGUUCCAGGCGUCGGCCGAGGGGCACGGGUUCUGGGGCCUGCGCAUGAUAUGGGCCACGCUGCGGGCCUCGCCGACGCGCACCAUCGUGCAGAACAUGGAGCACUGCAUCACGGCCAAGAUCACGCACCCGCACCUGAUCGCGGGGUACGACCUGGUGGGCCAGGAGGACGCCGGGCGGCCGCUGCGCGACCUGCUGCCCGAGCUCUUCUGGUUCCGCAAGCAGUGCGCCGACGAGGGCCUCAACGUACCCUUCUUCUUCCACGCCGGCGAGUGCCUCGGGUCGGGCAGCGCCACCGACCACAACCUCUUCGACGCCAUCCUCCUCGGCACCCGCCGCAUCGGCCACGGCUUCAGCCUCUACAAGCACCCGCUCCUGAUCGACCUCGUCAAGGAGAAGAGGAUCCUGGUGGAGAGCUGCCCGAUCUCGAACGAGGUCCUCCGCCUCUGCGGCUCCGUCAUGAGCCACCCGCUGCCCGCCCUGCUCGCGCGCGGCGUGCCGUGCUGCCUGUGCAAUGACGAUCCCGCGAUCCUCGGCCAGGACACCGCCGGCUGCACGCACGACUUCUGGCAGGCGCUGCAGGGCUGGGAGAAUCUAGGACUAGCGGGGCUAGGGAGCCUCGCCGAGAACAGCAUCCGCUGGGCGGCAUUCGAGGACCAGACGUCGGAGGAAUGGAGCAGAGGCAUCAAGGAGGCGAGCGUGGGGAGCGGGGCCAAGGCGCAGAGGUUGAAGGAAUGGGAGGUCGAAUGGGAGAAGUUCUGCUUGUGGAUUGUGGACGAAUUCGCCGAUGAGUGAGCAGUCGAGAAGAAAAAAAAAGGGGGGGGGGGGGAGAAGUCCUAGUGGGGAAUGUGGAUUAUAGCCAUGUACCACAUUCCCGUAGCGGACCGAUGGGCACAUCCCCGAGAGGAACCACUGGCGGAAUUGCUACUCACCUGGUAUCGUCGACCCAAGUACGGUUCAACCCGAAUUAAUAAAAAAAAAGAAAUCUUGGUUUUGCAUU